AUGGCAUCAAUCUUGUCCACGGUACCUAAAUGGGUCGCUGACCUGCAAUCGCCCCCAACACCUAGAUCGAAGAAUGGGAGCAUACCCGACCCCCCAGGAUAUCCUGCUCAGUCAACAGCACUGUCCAAGAAACAAGCAUCCAAAGAGCUCAAGUCCCAGCCCCGAAAGCAGCCGAGCCCCGAAGAGAUGGACACCUUGAAGCUGAAGAAGGCAUGGGAGGUCGCACUGGCGCCAGUCAAAAGUCUGCCCAUGACAGCCAUCAUGAUGUACAUGUCCGGAAACUCGUUGCAGAUCUUCAGCAUCAUGAUGGUCUACAUGGCCUUCAAGAACCCCAUCAUGGGUCUUGUCGGAACAAACCAGGCAUUCGAGAGGUUCGAGAGCGACAGCAACAAGGCCAAGAUCAUACAAGUCAAGUUGGCAUACAUAGUGAUGCAGUGCGUGGCGCUCGGCGUGGGAAUAUGGAAAGUGAAUGCUAUGGGACUGCUACCAACAACAAGGUCGGACUGGCUUGCAUGGGAAGCGCAGAGGGAACCAUUGGAACAUGCCGUCUUCGCGCUAUGA